AUGAACCAUGAGCAGUGUGUACUUGACCUCUCUAAGUGUCCUUUCAUUCAGGGAAAAAUGUGGUUUGCUCAGCCCAAGGAUGCUGGUUUUUCAUUUAGCCACGGUAUCAAUGGUCAUUUGACCAGCCUCUCCGUUGUUGGAAGCACCAUCCCCACUCCCGACCCCGCUACUAAGGAGAAGGCUUUCUGUGCUCUGGAUAACUUGAAUGCAAGGGUUGAAAACCAGGGCCAGAUUAAGAUGUCCAUCAAUGGAGUGUGUCGGGAGACUGUGUCACAUUGCUGCAUCUCAUUUCUGCAGCAGGCCGGAUUCAAUUUGUUAAUAAGCAUGACAGUUAUUAAUCACAUGCUUGCCGAGUCCGUUUCAGACUUGAAGUUCCCUUUGACAUCCGAGGGAAGUGGAUGUGCCGAGGUUCAGGUUUUGAAACUGUCCAUGGGUUUGUCUGAAAAGCCAGUCUUGGCAGGGGAAUCGCUGGGUGCCCAAACGCUGCUCUCAUUCGUGUCCCUCUUGAUCAGGAACGGAAACACACAGGCUCCCCCCGACACCCUGGCCUCUUAGAUGGCCGCCUGGAGCGGAGCGGAACCGAACGGGACGGAAUCCACCCAAAAGCCUGCUGGUGAACACACCCCCGUGUUCUCAUUCAAAGGGUCUGCAGUGGGUGCUGUUGAAGAGCCAGCCUUAGCCAGUCACCGCAUCACGGGGUGCAAGUUACACUUGCUACAUGGAGGACCACACUCUUCUGGGCCAGGCAGGGGUCCCCCCAGAGCUCGGAGUAACUUCUUGGUUUUGCAGUCCGCAGGCCGUGUGCGCUGGCGGUUACUCCCUUGCGGCCUUCCUCCUGCGGCAAAGGGAUCCUUUCAGCCGCCAGCCGUGGCUACGGAACAUCCUGUAAGAGCAUGGCGAGGGAGGCCUUGCCCGUGGCGGUCUCCCUGUCCAAGCCGGGCCGCUUUGUGGAGACCAGACACGUGUCGGGGCUCGUGCUGAAAACGCAUCUGUUGCCGCUUAGGUCGAAUUCUUUCCCAUUUACUCCUUCUUCUGUGCGAGCUGAUGGAUGGUGAACCUGUGCGUCCACGAAGGACACGCCCCUUGUCUGUGCUGUACUGACUUAACCUCAUCCACCCAGGCCUACGUUUGUAUGUAUCAUCAAUAAAGUUGUGCGCUUUGAUUG